UGCUGCCUUCAACUGCCACGUGUCUGCGCUUCGUACUCGAGGUAUGGAGGAUGGUCGUCUGCCUUUCGAACGUCGUUCGUCGACCCUGUCCCCGUCCUCGGUUCCUGUUGAGACAUGCAUGGUGGAUGUCCCGCCAUAGACCCCUGCCACGUACUCCGCAAGUUAUCAUCCUCCGUCACCCGUUGGAGGCGGGUCGUCUUCCUCCCGGUCCAUCCCCUUUAUGCCACACGGUUUGCCGCCUCUGCCAUCAUUCAAGAAUCUGCACACUUCGAUGUACGUUGUGGGGAGAGAGCCUCGGUCCAUGACAUCGCUCCUCGUUGAAGGUGACAGUUAUGGACCGCAGCGAGGUGGAGAAGCAUAUGGGAUCAGUGUCGGCUAUCAGGCGUGGGGAAUGCCACGUGGAGGGCAGUGGCAACAACCACCGCAAGGCGCAAGGGCCAGCGGGGAAGGAGAGUUGCCUGUGGGGGGGGCAGCGUCCUUUGGACGUACAUCGUACAUUGCUGGCGCUGCACCAAACAUGCAUGCGGGGGUGGUUGGAGGCACGUCCACAAACUAUUAUUCAAGACCGCCUGCUGCGAACAUGGUUGGAGGUCUGUCGCCGUCCAUGCCUUCGGAUGUUGCAUUUAGCAGUCAUGAUGGUCGUCGUCUUCAUGUGCACGAUUCCGAAAUCAGUGUCCCAGAGCCUUCUCAAGUGGUUGCCGACCUCAGCGAGGAUAUGGACAAGCACGACGCUGGAAUGGGCGACAUGUGGGCUGGUGCAUCUACCGAUAUAGCUGGUACGCAAAGCACGGGUAAUGUCACAAUGGACCUCACCGAUGAUGGCAAAACGGAUGACGCGGCGGGUGGAGAUGUGAGGAAGAAGGGCAAAAGGGCAGGGGGGGGAGGGCGUGGCAGAGAUAAUGUGGGGAAGGCCAAAGUUCGAGGUCCUUAUUGGUCUUCAGCUGAGAGCGUCGCACUGCUCAAACUGCUUUUUGAAGAAGACUGUACGCGGGAUUGGGUGCAUCUGCCCGAACUGGUGUUCACCAAUGACGUGGCCGCUCGUGGGUACAGGUGGUACGAUGUGCACGUGAGCAGGUUGUAUGCCAUGGAGGUGUUGGCGACGCUUGGAUACGACGACACUGAUCUGUUGUCCGACGUCAUCUUCUUCACGAAGAAAUUGCACGACAUAAUCCCAGACGAGUGGGAUGGUAAUGACCGUGAUAUUGUGGGGGAUAUAAUCCGCCAUGUGAUGUCGGCCAUAUCGGAGGAGCACCAUGACAAGAUGGUGGAUACCCCUCGGUACAAGACCGUGUUGGAACCCCCGUUGAGGGGCAGACCGUACCUGCACGAACUGUUGCAACCUUGGGACCUGGAGGAGGAUAAUCGACAAUCUUGUCGUAUCUCAUCGGGGGCCCGAACCACGUCUGCGACAGAGAUGUCGUCCUCUCCGCUUCGGAAUGUCACAGAAGUCGUGGACAUGGCGGGUGAUUUUGCGCUGAUCCACAGGAGGAUGAUUGAACAAGCUCAUGAGCUCGCACGCAAGAGAGGUGUUGUCUUCACACACGUGUCCGCUACGGUGGAGGAGUUGAAGCGUUUGCGGGAGCAGGUGGACAAGGCUUCCAUGAGAAAGGGUGUGGCAGUUUCGAAAGCAGAAGUUGCAGAGACCACGAUCGCUGUCUUGCGGGAUGAGGUGGCGCGUCUAGAGCGACAAUUGGCAGUCUACGAAGGGGCGUCACUGGAUUCAGGGGCAGAUCGUGACGAUCAUGUCAGCAAUGUGCAAAACUCCAGGGGCAGGCGAGGAGGAAUUAUGGUGGGUUCCAUACAAGGUGGACCCCUCGCGUCGAAGAGCGGCCUCGCCAUCACUAUCGUCGUUGUCGAUGCCGUCCGCAGGUUCUCCUUCAUUCUCACCAUCUCCGUUGUCGUCCACGCCUUCCACAUGUUCUCCUUCACUGUCGUCAUCUUCACUAUCAUCAUCCGGUCUCUGCCGCAGCAGUUCGUCAUCGAUUGGGAUGCCCGCGUCAAUAAUGAUGUUGUGUAAAAUGCAGCAAGCGAGGAACUGAUAACAAAGGUUCUCCAUAUUU